AUGGCGGCCGCAGGUUCCAGUGUGGUAAGGCGAGUGGAAGAGCUCGGGGACCUGGCUCAGGCUCACAUACAGCAGCUUAGCGAAGCCGCCGGCGAAGAUGAUCACUUUUUAAUUCGGGCUUCUGCAGCUCUAGAAAAAUUGAAACUUCUGUGUGGAGAAGACAAAGAAUGUUCAAACCCAUCAAAUCUUCUAGAACUUUACACACAGGCCAUUUUGGACAUGACAUAUUUUGAGGAGAACAAACUAGUAGAUGAAGAUUUUCCUGAGGACUCUUCACAGAAAGUAAAAGAGCUGAUCAGUUUUCUUUCAGAACCAGAAAUUUUAAUUAAAGAAAAUAAUAUGCAUCCAAAACCCUGCGAUUUGCUUGGGGAUGAACUUCUGGAAUGCCUCUCUUGGAGAAGAGGUGCUCUACUCUAUAUGUAUUGUCAUUCUCUGACCAAAAGGAGAGAGUGGCUCACAAGAAAAUCCAGUUUGCUUAAAAAGUAUCUUAUUGAUGGAAUCAGUUACUUGCUACAGAUGCUAAAUUACCGGUGUCCUAUCCAGUUAAAUGAAGGAGUUUCUUUCCAAGACUUAGACACAGCUAAAUUACUGAGUGAAGGAAUAUUUAGUGACAUUCAUUUGCUGGCUAUGAUGUACAGUGGAGAAAUGUGUUACUGGGGAUUGAAGCAUUGUGCAGAUCAACAGCCAGAAAAUCAUGAAGUGGAUAGUGGUGUUUCCGGAGCAAGCUACACGACACAGAAAGAACCCUUGGAUUUCCGAGAAGUAGGAGAAAAAAUUUUGAAAAAGUAUGUAUCUGUGUGCGAAGGACCCCUGAAAGAACAAGAAUGGAAUACAGCAAAUGCAAAACAAAUUUUAAACUUCUUUCAGCAUCAUACCAACCAGUAA